UCCCUUCUCGAGGAAGAAGAAGAAACAAACAAACCCUAAGAGAGAGAAAGAGGACGACGAAGAAACCCUAAGAGAGAGAGAGAGAGAGAGAGAGAGGAGCGAUGCCGUGUCUCAACCUCGCCACGAACGUGAGCCUCGACGGGGUCGACACUUCCGCCGUGCUCGCCGAAGCCACUGCCACCGUCGCCAAGCUCAUCGGCAAACCCGAAGCUUAUGUGAUGGUUGUUCUCAAGGGGUCAGUACCAAUUGCAUUUGGAGGGACCCAGCAGCCUGCGGCAUAUGGCGAAUUGGUGUCCAUUGGAGGACUAAAUCCUGAUGUCAACAAGAAACUGAGUGCUGGAAUUGCCAAUAUUCUGGAGACCAAAUUGUCCGUCCCCAAGUCGCGCUUCUUCCUCAAGUUUUACGAUUCUAAGGCUCAUCAGGCACAAGAAUAUGCUCAGUGUUUGCAUGCUUUACAUCAGCAAUAGAUCAUGGCUCCGACUUUGGAUGGAAUGGCACUACUUUCUAGGUGAACUCUUUCCUGGAUUGUUGGAUUAAAAUCUUUUCAAGUCUUAGACAUAUCAGGAUGCAUUGUUAGAACUCUAUGAUCGCUACGCUCUGAAGAAAGGGAUACGUUUUGCUUCUUUAGCUUACCAUGCCCAUAGCUACAUUCCAUGUCAAUAAAGAGAUUAUGAAAACUUUGGCUUGAAACAUGUGUGAUUCACUGAUUUGGCUUUCUUAGCAUGUGCUAAUGCUUGCUGGGUUUGAAUGGCCAGUGUUGCAAUCUAUAACGUGAAUAUGGUCCUUGCUUUGCUUUUGUCA